AUGGCGUGGAGGGAGAGCUACAUGGUGGACGUGGUGCUGAUCCCUCUUGUCCUCCUCUUCCCCGUCGCCUACCACCUCUGGCUCUGGCGCGCCGUCCGACACCGCCCGCUCCGCACGAUCGUGGGCAUCAACGCCGCCACCUGCCGCCUCUGGGUCUUCGCCAUGGCCAAGGAUAGCGAGGAGAACGCGCUCGUCGUGGUGCACUCGUUGCGGAACGUGAUCGUGGACUCCACGCUGGCGGCGACGGCGGCCGUCCUCCUCUGCACGGGGGUGGCCGCCAUGCUGAGCUGCAGCAGUUACGCCGCCGUGGACGCGCUCAAGUGCGCCGCGUUCCUCGUCGUCUUCCUCCUCGCCUGCGUCUGCCACACCCUCGCCGUCUGCUCCCUCAACCAGGCCGUGUUCCUCGUCAAUGGCUACUCCACCCCGUCCUUUCCGGUUUCCAGGGACUACGUCGUCGGGGUCUUGGAGCGGGGCCUCCUGCUCCACCUCGCCGGGAACAGGGUGUUCUACGCCGGCGUGCCCCUCCUACUCUGGACCUUCGGGCCGGUCUUGGCGUGCCUGAGCUCCUUGGGCAUGGUCCCGAUACUGUACAACAUCGACAUGCAUGAUCAUGUGCAAUCAUCAGAAAGGGAGCAGAAAUGGCGAAGCCAGCGGGCAAGUGGAGAUGUGGUUGCUGUUGGGAACGAUGUCCAAGAGGAGCAUGUUUGA